UUUCUCUCACACCCAUAAACCUGGAAAACUACAAAUCUCGAUCUCUUCUUCUUCAUUUCAACAAAUCAUAAAAGAAGAAUCUCAAUUACUCAGAUCAAGAAGAGAUGCUGCUACGAAGCGCGUCAACGCCACUUCUCAACUCUUUGGUUCAUGUCUCUAGUCCAAGGGAAUCACCAAUCGAAGCCGCCGAAUCUGUUCAUCAGAUUCAGCGGCACAGAUCCAUUACACUCUCUGCGUCUUCAUCUUCUUGUUGUUGUUAUAGUCCGAUGUCUGUGCACUCCAGCGAAGAAUCUGCGAGGAGGAUGAAAAGAACGGCGUCUGAGAGCGAUCUUCGGCAUUUAACAUCGACGAAACCGCCGAUGAGUAAGUUUUUGAGCGGUGGUGGUGGUGCUUUGAUGGAGGAUAUGGAAGAAGGAAUCGGAUUCGGUCUUAUGAGUACGUCGUCUUAUGAUGGUGAUUUGGGGAUUAGUUGGGCUUUGGAGGAAGAUACUGAGGUUAUUGGUGGUGGCGGCGGCGGGAUGUUUCACGGCGGAAGUAAAGGGAGGAGUGGUGGUAGAUCUGAUGGUGGAGAUGGAGGUGAUGAUAACACGGAUGUUCAUUAUCGUAAGAUGAUUGAUGCGAAUCCUGGAAAUGGGAUCUUUCUUAGCAAUUACGCCAAAUUCUUGAAGGAGGUUCGAAAAGAUUUCUUGAAAGCAGAGGAGUAUUGUGGGAGAGCUAUUUUGGUGAAUCCUAAUGAUGGGAAUGUUCUAGCCAUGUACGCUGAGUUGGUUUGGAAGAUUCAUAAGGAUUCGUCUCGUGCUGAGUCUUACUUCAAUCAAGCUGUAGCAGCUGCUCCUGAGGACUGUUAUGUACAAGCUUCGUAUGCGCGAUUUCUAUGGGAUGCUGAAGAGGAAGAAGAAGAGGAGAAGGAAGAGAGACAUGAGGAAGAACUUGAGCAUCAUACUUCUCGAAUGGGUUUCUUCACCGGAGCUUCUCCAAUCACGGCCAUGUCUUAGACUCGUGGUCGGCAUUACCGUCCAGUCUUUUUAUAGAUUUAGAUAAACGUGUUACUACUACGUUUACGAUCUUAUCUAACCCUUUUGUUUCAUGUGAAGUCUUUAAUUAAGUCUCUAUGGGGGUGUUUCUCUACUUGGUGUUGGAAUUUGUCUCACUUGUGGUAAUACCACUGGUCACUGGAAGAAAAAUAAGAUCUGAAUAAAUUUUUUUUGCUUUUUUGA